AUGACAGCGAAUGUUGAAGGAGACGCAUUCAGCAGACUUCCUGUGGAGCUCAGGAUCAAAAUCCUUAAACUAUCACCGGACCUCUUUUCACUACGAAGCUUAGCCCAUGCGUCGCCGGCCUUAGGCAGAGUACUCGACAGAUAUCCGCUCGAAAUUUUGGAGGUAGUCUUAGACGUUACCGUUUCUGUAGAGACUCGUCGGCUGAUGAGCGCGGUUCUCAAAGCUCGGUUUUCGCGCUUUCCAGCUUCCCUGUCCGAGGCUCAAAAGGUGGCUAAAAUUGACUCGCCUGCGAUCACCGACGAAAUGCGUUCGGUCAGACUGGACCGGGCCGCCGCGGCAGUACGGUCCAUGCUCACUACCGCCGAGAAUGUCCAUGCCUGGUCUCAUGCCUGCCUCGAACAUUUAAUACGAAAAUCUAUGGAGUUGCGGCCCGCUACCUUCGUUCACCCCUUCCAUAGCAGUCUAUCCUGGGAACGAUGGGGAAAAGUCGAAAGUCAUGACGACUAUAUCCCACAGUAUACUGGCCCGCCUUCGUGGGUAGAGGAGCAGCGGGUGGUCAAAGCAUUCUGGCGACUACAGUUCCUCCUUGAACUGCAGGGCGCUAGUAACAAGAGUCGCCUGAUGACUUAUUGGCCAGCACAAGAAGUUGACGUGUUGUCCAAGAGCAGCCCAGAUGACUUUUAUGAAAUGUUCCCAUAUCAGCAGGAUCAGACCUUGACCGCAUGUGAUUUUUUUGGUGGAGUUACCUCGGGUACUAUUACUUCGGUGGAGGCUGUCCAUGACAAUACUCACGGGCUGCCAACGAUACGUUGGACUGAAAAUACAGUACCAAGGUGGCCAUGUGCCGAGCCACUCUCAUUCGAGAUUAACAAAGACUUUUUUCGUCAGGGGCAAAACUGUGUCGACCUAACGCCACCGUCGUACCAUUUUCAGUAUCUGAUGUCUAUACCUCAUCCUGAAGGCGAGUCGUGUCUUCUCGGGCUCCCAUUUCAACCUUAUCGCAAAUAUGGGUUCGCCAUAUGGGACGAGAAGCGUAUGGUCGAUCUGGGCAUGCGGGACCCAAAAAGGAAGUCGCUCUUGGCAAACCGUAUAUUUUAUUCUUUUAGGUGGUGGAGCAUCUUGACUGAGGAGGAAUUGCAGCAGGGCCUGCGCAACAGGGACCGCAUACUCAAUCGUAGACCUUAA